AUGAUUUUCAUUUUCAAUGGGCGCUUUCUCUCUGCUUCCAUUCAUUCGUUUGACGUGUAUAUUAUUUUAUAUACUGUGUACGUGUGUGCUGUCAGCCUUUCUUUUUUUCCCUCCACCUCCUCUAUUCUUUGUUUAUCGUCUUAUUUCAACCCCGAUUUAUUGUCUACACUUAAGUUUUUUUCCCUCUUCAUUCCACCAUCCAUUCUCUUUCCGGCUCCCGCCAAUCCAUUUCAUGAGAAUUUGCUUCGUUUCUUUUUUCCAGUCCGCUUUUUGUUGAGUUCUCCCUCCCCCUUUUCUUCCUUUGAAUUUCUACUUUUCUUUUUUCUUUUUCUUUUCUCUCUUCUUUUCUCUUUUCUUUUCUUUUCUUUUCUCUUUUCUUUUCUCUUUUCUUUUCUCUUUUCUUUUCUCUUUUCUUUUCUCUUUUCUUUUCUCUUUUCUUUUCUCUUUCUUUUCUCUUUUCUUUUCUCUUUUCUUUUCUCUUUUCUUUUCUUUUUUUUUCUCUUUUCUUUUCUUUUCUUUUCUCUUUUCUUUUCUCUUCUCUUCUUUUUUCCUUUUUCUUUUCUCUUUUUUCUUUUCUCUUUUCUUUUCUCCUUUUCUUUUCUCCUUUUCUUUUCUCCUUUUCUCCUUUUCUUUUCUCCUUUUCUCCUUUUCUUUUCUCCUUUUCUCCUUUUCUUUUCUCCUUUUCUUUUUUCUUUUUCUUUUUUUUUUUUUUUUUCCUAUUCUUUUUUUCUUUUGCUUUUGAUUUCUUCCUUAACCCUCCUUUGCAUCAUUUCAUUCAUUUUCUCUUUCAUACUCCAGCCAUUACUCAUCAUUUGCUUCCCUGCUAUUUUUCUUUACAACAAUACGCCACCAUUACUAAUAAUAUGA